AUGACAGUGACUAUGUUUCGCUAUGGAAAAGCCAAAAUAUGUGGUGGAUCAAAAUACGAUAUAUCGGCAUUUAAACCAACAAAACAACAAGGUGUUCAAACAAGGGAUGUUGCUGCGAAUGCUGUAGACAGAUCUUUAUCCACAUGUUCGUCUACAUAUUUAUCUAGUCUAGCCUGGUGGUAUGUGGAUCUCAGAAAAGUAAAAAGUAUUUAUGAUGUAGAGAUUUACUACAGGCUUUAUAGUAGCAGCUAUGAACAACGACAGAGAGAACGUAUGUAUGGAUACAAACUCUACAUCUCUAACAGUACAGACUUCAAUCUGUUACACGAGGCUUACUUGUGUUACAGUCAUACAGGACCGGAGUUACCUAAUCUUAAUGUUACACAUAUUUGUGUUUCCUUUGGACGAUAUGUAAUUUUCUACAACGAAAGAGGAGUUCCUGGUGUGACGUAUCCAAACGGGGUCAAUCCAAAAGAAACAUACACACAACUGUGUGAAGUCAUUGUUCAAGGUUGUACCAGAGAUGAUGCUAAUGGACAACUCUGUAAUGAAACCUGUCCUUCACAUUGUCAAGAGAGAAGGUGUUACGUAACUAAUGGGACUUGUGCUGGAUGUACCGAAGGGUGGAUCGGGGAAAAAUGCUUUGACGCAUGUGGUUAUGGAGCAUACGGCGAAAAUUGUAAAAGGAAUUGUAGUGGUCACUGUGCAAAGCAGAUGGAUUGCAACAAAGAAAGCGGGGAGUGUGAUGACGAAUGUGCACCGGGUUAUAGGGCCUCUAAAUGUGAAAAGGAAUGUGAUUUUGGUACGUAUGGAGCAGGGUGUUUAAAACUGUGCAGUGGCAACUGUUUUGAAAAUAAAACCUGUAAUAACGUUCAUGGAGAAUGCAUGGAUGGAUGUAGAGAAGGCUUUAAGGGAACUUUAUGUAAUGAAAAAUGUAAAAAUGGUAAAUUUGGUAUUAUGUGUAAAGAGGAAUGCAGUGGAAAUUGUUUGAACAAUGAAACUUGUUAUCAUGUGGACGGUCAGUGUAUUCACGGAUGUCAGACAGGAUUUCAAGGCGAGAAAUGUGACGGUCCUUGUGAUUCGGGAUACUUUGGAGAAAAAUGUUUACAACUUUGUCCUGUAAAUUGCUACGAUAAAUGCAAUAAUGUAAAUGGACUCUGCAAAUGCAAAAACGGAUGGAUAGGAAGACAUUGUACUGAAGUGUGUCCACGGGAAAGGUAUGGAGAAGAUUGUAAACAAAACUGUAGUGGAAACUGUAUCAACAAUGAUACAUGCCACAAUAUAAAUGGAUAUUGUCUCUGGGGUUGUCGUGAUGGAUUUCGAGGGAAACGUUGUGAUAGACGAAACGAACUUGGUAUGGAUUUUACAGGAACAUGUAUGGAAGACAGAAGCAGUGUUGGCGGACUUACAGCAGGAUUGGUUAUCUCCUUCCUGCUGAAUGUGGGAUUCUCUUUUAUUACACUUCAUCUGAUCCGGAAGAAGAGAACUAAAAAGGAACCUGACCAGCCCUUCUACGAAAUCAGUGACAGGGAGGAUUUCCAACAAGGCCAUGUUGAAAAUCACGCAUACGAAGAGCUAAAUUCCACACAAUCCGUCCACAUUUAUCGCAAUCUCUCGCUAAGUGACAACAGAACAAACACAGCAUAA